AUGAACAAACAAAUUAUAUUUUAUUUCUUAAUUGCGUUAGUUGUGCUAACUUUCAUAAUAGAAGUUUAUUCAACUCCAGUGAUUUAUAAAUUUAAUAAUGAUAAGAAACUUGAUUUUUUGACACCAGAAAAAAUGAAAAAUGCUAAACCCUUAACAACUCGAAAUCUUGGAUUUAAAACAAGAAGUACCAAAAUUAAAAGAAAUACAACUGACUCCUCUAAAAAUACGAAAUCUAUACCUCCUUUGGAGAAAAAAAUUAGUUUAGCAGAUGUAGAUCAACAACAAAAUAUUCCCAUCGGGAAAUUAUUCAUUCAUAACCAGGAGGGAGAUUUAUUUACUUGCACCGCCAGUGUAAUUAAUACUCAACCUGAAGGAGAUGGAAAUAUUGGAAUUACUGCUGCACAUUGUCUUUAUAAUUUUACAACUCAAACAUAUUAUAAUAAUAUAUAUUUUUCUCCUGGAUACGAUAAUGGACAACCUCAACCUAAUCCACUUAGUGCAAUUUCUGUUGAUCUGACGGCAGUAACAGUUGAAUUUAUUAAUAAUAAUGAUGAUCAUUUCGAUUGGGCCCUUAUAAAAUUUGACUUUAACUUGAAUGGCCAACCAUUACAAUAUUAUACGGGUAGUCUCGGUUGGGCAUUAAAUGUAGGAGAUAAUAUUCCAACAACGAUUCGCGGUUAUCCAAAUGAAGGUCAACUUCCAAAUUGUCCAAAUGAUGGAGAACAUCUUUGUACGUGGCAAGGAACACCGAAUUUAGCAGAUUAUUAUCUCAUACCUGACUUAGAAAUAGGAGAAGGUGCAAGUGGAUCUCCUUUAAUAAUGAAUUAUGAUCCAAAUACAAAUUUGGGUACAUUAUAUAGUAAUUAUGCUUCUUUUGAUGAAAUCGAGGAGGAAGCUCUUUCACCUAUUUAUGAUCCAAUAGAAUUCCAAGCAUUAUUAGAUGAAAUUACCAGAGGAUAA